UCCACUUUCAGUGUGGCAAGUGUGACACCGUCUUGUUGCGCUAUUUGCUAAAUCAGGAGAACUUUUUCUUCUUCCGCUGCUGGCUUCAAUUUGAGUUAUCCCCGGGUUUGUCUUUUUCUGACUUUUCUUUUUUUUUGGUUGGACUUGGGACACAAACAGUUUCCACCAUGCACAAGCUCUACAUUGGGAAUCUAAGCGACAGCGUGACCGCCGAGGACUUGGGGAAAACCUUCGAUGAGCACAAGAUCGAAUACUCCGGACAGUUCCUCAUGAAAACCGGCUACGCGUUUGUGGACUGUCCGGACGACCAAUGGGCCAUGAAGGCGAUCGAGACGUUUUCCGGUAAAGUGGAACUCCAGGGGAAGCGCAUCGAGGUCGAGCACUCCGUCCCCAAGAAGCAAAGGACUAGAAAACUGCAGAUCAGAAACAUUCCACCGCAUCUACAGUGGGAGGUGCUGGAUGGUCUGUUGGCCCAGUGUGGAACUGUAGAGAACUGUGAACAAGUGAACACAGACAGUGAAACUGCGGUGGUAAAUGUCACAUACGCAUCCCGGGAGCACGCCAGGCAAGCCAUCCAGAAGCUGAAUGGAUACCAGUUUGAGAACAACACCCUGCGUGUCUCUUACAUCCCCGAUGAGAAUUCCGAGCUGGAAGGAGGACAGCGGGGACCCGACAACGGCCGGCGCCCUGGCUAUGGGUCUCGUGGCGGGCCCCGUGGUGGGUCCCCGAGCUCCGGGAUGCCCAAUAAACCUCCGCAUGCUGACAUCCCUCUGAGGUUGCUGGUGCCCACCCAGUAUGUUGGGGCCAUCAUUGGCAAGGAGGGCGCUACCAUUCGCAACAUCACCAAACAGACACAGAGCAAGAUUGACGUGCACCGUAAAGAGAACGCCGGUGCUGCUGAGAAACCAAUCAGCAUCCACUCCACCCCCGAGGGCUGCUCCUCCGCCUGCCGCAUGAUCCUGGACAUCAUGCACCAGGAGGCCAAAGACACCAAGACCGCUGACGAGGUUCCUCUGAAGAUUCUUGCUCACAACAAUUUUGUCGGACGUCUCAUCGGCAAGGAGGGACGCAACCUGAAGAAAGUCGAGCAGGACACUGACACCAAGAUCACCAUCUCCCCGCUGCAGGACCUGACCCUGUACAACAUGGAGAGAACCAUUACAGUUAUAGGCGAUCCUGACGCCUCCUGUAACGCUGAGGGGGAGAUCAUGAAGAAGGUCAGAGAGGCCUAUGAGAAUGACGUCGCUGCUAUGAAUCAACAGACUCACCUGAUCCCUGGACUCAACCUGGGCGCUCUGGGCCUCUUCCCCUCUUCCGCCAACAUGCCCCCUCCUCCGCCUGGAAACUCUGGAUCUGGUUCCCCCUACAGCUGCUUUGGGUCUCCAGAGCAGGAGACGGUCCACGUAUACAUCCCAGCACAGGCAGUGGGGGCCAUCAUUGGAAAGAAGGGUCAGCACAUCAAACAGUUGAGCCGCUUCGCUGGGGCCUCCAUCAAGAUUGCUCCAGCUGAAAAUUCAGAAUCCAAAGAGAGGAUGGUUAUUAUCACCGGACCCCCUGAGGCUCAGUUUAAGGCCCAGGGCAGACUCUACGGCAAACUGAAGGAGGAGAACUUCUUUGGGCCGAAGGAGGAGGUCAAACUGGAGACUCACAUCAAGAUGGCCGCAGCUGCAGCCGGAAGGGUCAUCGGAAAAGGGGGAAAGACGGUGAAUGAGCUGCAGAACCUGACAGCAGCUGAGGUGGUCGUCCCCAGGGAACAGACGCCAGACGAGAAUGACCAGGUCCUCGUAAAGAUCAAUGGACAUUUCUACGCCAGCCAGUUGGCUCAGAGGAAGAUCCGGGACAUUCUGACCCAGGUCAAACAGCCACAGAAAGGCGGGAUGGGCUCCGGCCCUAAUCCACAGGGCUUCACAGAGAUGGGCAGUCCUACACAGGGGCUGACUCCAGACCACCAGCCGCGCAGGAAGUGAGGGUCCCCACAUCCUCCUCAAACACUGUGGGACACCCCUGCCUGACUGACAGACAGACAGACACAUGCACGGACGGACGGAUAAGACGGACAGACGGAUACAGGAGAGCGACACACGGACCCAGCGAUAGACAGGGAGAGAUAUUAAGAGGGAGGGAGUACGCCCGAUACCCAGAGAGAAUGAUAGGUGUUUUAGAGAAGAGGGAUGCAUAAAAUCAAAAGAUGAAAUGAAUAAAAAAGAGGAUUAAUAUUAAAAAGAAACUUGACAACAGAGACCAGAUGCCAGGCCAGAAAAGACACUGAUUGAAGAUGGAUGGAUAAAGGAAAGGAGGGAUGGAAAGAGGCACGGGUGGUGUCCUCCUAGUGUGUCUUGGUAGGACUACAGCCAGCUCCACUGAUCAUGGAUCAGAUAGGUUUAAACAACAUGUGCAACCUUAUUCACCAUGUCAGGUGGAGCCCUGCUGCUAUGUUUUACACCUGUCCACUUGGCUCAACAAAUCAAUGCUCUCCUGGGACACACUAGCAGGGACCCAUUUGCCCCUCUGUCGCCCCAUACAGACCUCUCCAACCAUUUGCAGUCAGUCCUAUAUUUUAAGGGUGAUUUUUUUUUUUUUUAAACAUAGAGAUAUAUGUAUAGAAAUGUUUUAUUCAGAGCUAUUAUUGAUAAUAUGCAGUGAGGCGGAGCCGGGAGAGGGAGCUUGGAAACUGCUGCAGCGGCUCAGAGGGAUAGGCCACAGGCCGGGGGCUAGCCCCACCCACACCUAACCCCUGAGCCAAUGAGAGUUUGGAAGAGGGGCCGCAGAUGUUAACACUGCUCUUUAAAGACCUUUCUGAAUAGCGGAGAGAUUAGAAAAUAAAAAAGAAGGAAGAAAAUAUAAGGUUGUAAAUAUAUAAUCUUUCAAGUAAAUGUAAAGAAAUGCUGCGUCUGGCCGUCUUGCCUUUCUUUAAAAGGGGUCCUCAGUUUAUUUCUCAGUCCCUUGUCUAUGAAAUGUAGCAUCAUGUAGCCUACACCAAGGCUGGGGCUGGGCAGGCACUGAUCCCCCUCCUCCACAUUUAGCUGUGUGGCGGAAGGCGCAGCAAGAGACAGUAAGGGGAGCUGAGGUCGCAGCUGGUCCUGCAGUUCUAUUGCAGUGGCUUAGCUCACACAUAUGAAACCAUUAAAAACAACUUUAUAAAAACAGCCAGCAGCUAUGCUAGCUGGCUAGCGGCCCGCACCUUAAAUGGCAUAUUUUAUAUAUAUUGUAUAUAUAUGCUAUGUGAGUUAGCCCGGCCCCUCGGGUGAAUGUAUUGAAGGCAGGGAGUCCGGUGUGAGGUUUCGCCACACCUGUAUGAAAAAGUCCUGCAAUGACAGACAGACAAGAUGUGUCUGAGACUUUCUGCUCAUUGUCGUACUCUAGCGCUGGACGCUCAAGGCCAGUCUUAGACAGGAUGGUAUCCCCAGAAGAGCUGGGGUUCUUAAGAUGACCACAUAUUUAAAGUCGACUUUGUUUCUGACCAACAUGGCCUCUCAUGUGCGGCCUGUGGUAGCAAAGCAACUCUGAGACUGACCUAAGCGCCAGAGCCCACAAAAGAGGCGAAGUCUUCCAAAGCUCCUUGCCUUGAGCUCAGAGAAGGUAAAAUCUGACCGAAGGGGAGCGGCUUCCUUGUUCUCUCUCCCAGUCUGCCGACGGCCUGUGGGCGGAGCCUCCAGACCCUGCCUGCGUAUGAUAAUGAGGGGCGGGGUCUAUGCCUGGACGCUCUCGCCAAGAUUAAAACAGAUUAGAGAAGAAAUGAAAAAGAAUUAAACCUACCUCAGGGUAAAUUUA